CGUGUCCGCUCCGGGCGCCUGAAGGAGACUUGGGGACACUGGAGCAGUGCUCUUUGGCCCUUUUUGCUGCUGCCACUGCUUGCGCUCUAUGAGGAAGAUGCUCGCUGCCGUCUCCCGCGUGUUGUCGGGCGCCGCCCAGAAGCCGGCUAGCAGAGUGCUGGUGGCAUCCCGUAACUUUGCAAAUGAUGCUACAUUUGAAAUUAAGAAAUGUGAUCUCCAUCGGUUGGAAGAGGGUCCCCCUGUCACAACUGUGCUCACCAGGGAGGAUGGGCUCAAAUACUACAGGAUGAUGCAGACUGUCCGCCGGAUGGAAUUAAAAGCAGAUCAGCUGUAUAAACAGAAAAUCAUCCGGGGCUUCUGCCACUUGUGUGAUGGUCAGGAAGCUUGCUGUGUGGGGCUGGAGGCUGGUAUAAAUCCCACCGACCAUCUCAUUACAGCCUAUCGGGCCCAUGGCUUUACCUUUACUCGUGGUCUUUCUGUCCGAGAAAUCCUCACAGAACUAACAGGACGAAGAGGAGGUUGUGCUAAAGGAAAAGGAGGCUCAAUGCAUAUGUAUGCCAAGAACUUCUACGGGGGCAAUGGCAUUGUCGGGGCUCAGGUGCCCCUGGGAGCUGGCAUUGCUCUGGCCUGCAAGUACAAUGGAAAAGAUGAAGUCUGCUUGACUCUAUAUGGGGAUGGUGCUGCUAAUCAGGGUCAGAUAUUUGAAGCUUACAAUAUGGCAGCUUUGUGGAAAUUACCUUGUAUUUUCAUCUGUGAGAACAACCGCUAUGGAAUGGGAACAUCUGUCGAGAGAGCAGCAGCCAGCACUGACUACUACAAGAGAGGCGAUUUUAUUCCUGGGCUGAGGGUAGAUGGAAUGGAUGUCCUGUGUGUCCGGGAGGCUACAAGGUUUGCAGCUGCCUAUUGCAGAUCUGGAAAGGGGCCCAUACUGAUGGAACUGCAGACAUACCGGUACCACGGACACAGUAUGAGUGAUCCUGGAGUCAGUUACCGUACAAGAGAAGAAAUUCAGGAAGUAAGGAGUAAGAGUGAUCCUAUUAUGCUUCUCAAGGAUAGAAUGGUGAACAGCAACCUUGCCAGUGUUGAAGAAUUAAAGGAAAUUGACGUUGAAGUGAGGAAAGAAAUUGAGGAUGCAGCCCAGUUUGCUACAGCUGAUCCGGAACCGCCUUUGGAAGAACUAGGCCAUCACAUCUACUGCAGUGAACCACCUUUUGAAGUUCGUGGUGCAAAUCAGUGGAUCAAGUUUAAGUCAGUCAGUUAAAGGGAGACAGGGAGACCACCACAAGUAAAUUUCUUACUUUACCUUCACUGGGAUGGUCAUCAUCAACUUUAAGCCAUUGUUUCUGUUUUAAGGAGGAAUAAAAUCCAUAAAACAAGUCUUAUAAACUUUCAUUAAGACUAAAUAGUAUGUAGAUUAAAGGGAUGAUAUUUGCAUGGGGAUGAUAUUUGCAUGCAAUUUGUACAUCUUAACAUUUAAAGAUGUUAAGAAGUACUUAACUAGUGUGAAUAUUGUAAAGAGUUUAGAUUUAUACAGGUCUAAUCUAAAAUAGGCUUGGUGGUACAGUGGUUAAGCGCUCAGCUGUUAACCAAAAGGUUGGCAGUUUGAGCCAGCCAACCAACCAGCCACUCCACCUCCACAUCCACAUGGGAGAGAUGUGGCAGUUCUACUCUGUUCUGUAGAGUCACUGUGAGUCAGAAUCGACUCGAUGGCAAGGCAAUUUCAAGUUUGAUUUAAAUAGGAAUUUAGUUAUUAAAAGAAAAAACAAUUCCUUUGUAUGCCCAGUCCAACCCUGCCACCUUUUUUGAGGGGAGGCUUGUUGCCCAGAGGUAUCAGUGCUUGGCAAAUUUACAUUAACCAGCAGCUAGCACAACUAACUUCAUAGAUUAGAAACCCCCGUUAUAAACACUGUCCAUCCUCUAUUUCUCCAUGCUGAAACAUGGUAUUUAUUAUUUUAACAGGCAGGAGCAGAAGGAAGUACUAGAAGGAAGUACUAAGCCUUUUUCAUGAUUUUCAUGAUUAUGUCAAAGCUCAAAAGCUCAAGUAAUUUCGGUUUUUCCAUUUGUACAUUCGGUAUGAAGCUAUUUUCUUAAUAGUUUAGUUUUACUAUUCAAACAUUAAAUGCAAGGACUAUUAUCUGUUUUUCAAAUUUAAGUGCAGUACCAUCUAAAACAGAUCCCCUAGCUUUUUAGUUCCUUUAAAUACAGCACCUGUUGUUUAACCUUUUCCAACCAACAAGUGCUAUAUAGGGUAUGCUGCCUUCUUUUCGUUGAAGUAAAAAGUAAAAUCCAUCUUUAAGAAUUUCAGGAAUACCCUGGUAUGCCAAAACUCAGACUCACAAUCACUGUGCUCACAAAUACAGCUCUACAGCUCUAUUCAUGUAUAAAUAAUCAUGUAUAAAUAAUGGGUAAAAAAAGAAAUCCAUUUCAGUAGGAUCGUCUUUAAAACUUCCCUAAGUUCUUGAGUUGCUAACUGAACAAACUCAGCAGACUGUGUACGUAUGUGAAUCUUUAACCACAAAGACAGACGGACGGCUUACCUGGCUAUGAUUCUGCCUACUGCUUGGUUUUGGAGGGCUCCAGAGCCCGUGCUCUGUACUGGGAGACAGCAUUCCAGAUCCUGCAGAGCAGGCCACCGCUACGAGACAAGGAAAAGCACCUCUUCAGAGUCUUAAGAACUUCAUUCAAAGCAACAAGGCAAAAUACUUCUUUAGGAGCCCUUGGGACAAAAGUUACUGCAUAUAAUUCUAGAUUUGGCAUCUAAUCUUAAAAUCCGAAUCUGUUCUCUUCACGUGUGGAGGUGACACUUGCGCCCCAGCAGUAGUGGGACAUGGACUUUGAAGUGUGUACAGUAAGUAGUGCUGAUGGGUUCGUGCACUGUAGGCUAUUGAAAAUAACGGGGCAGGUUGCAGUGUAAAGAAAAAUGUCUACUCCCCUGGCAUCUUGUUCCUUUCCUCACCCCACUCCCAGCCAGGCGCAUGCGGCAGAAGAUCAAACUAUGGAGAACACUUCCUUUCUCCUCUCCCUCCGUCUGACCUUUCUUACCUGGCCUUCAGCUUCUGCCCCUCUCUGCUUUCUCCCAUCUCUUUCUCCCAUCUUGAACCUGGCAAAACUCCAGAUUUUGGAGGGAGGUUGGGCUGUUUGUUUUCUGACUAACCCAGAGGGAAGGGAGUUAAUGUCAAUCAAAGGAGGACAGUUACCAGCACUUUUUGUUUUCUAAUACUUAAAAGCAUAAUCAUGGAUGAAACAUAAUUUUCUGUUACAAGAACUGUUUUG